AGCAACUAGACAACUAGUAUAACCCAUUUGAUAUGAUUAAUUGGUUACACUUACAAUAAUUAAUUAGCACAAUAACCAAAAAAACUGAAAGGUUGCUUUACGGCGCUCUACGUUAUGGCCUUUUUCGUCAAAAUGUAACGGUAAUUCGGUAAUGAUCCUCUGUACUCUUUCCCACCAUCUUCUCAUCUUCCUUUAACUAACUUUUCAACUCCCACCAAGGCUAUUUUCGUCAUUUCUCCCCUUCAAAUUCUCUCCUAAAUAAAAUAAAAUAAAUAUUCCUAUGUUGUUAUUUGAACUACCUUCAAAUUCCUAUAAAUACCCUUUUAAAUGCAUGUAAUGCUCCUCAACACACCCAAACUCAAUUACUCAUAUACUAGCUCUAAUUUAAAUUUUCUCCCUCUAGAAAGUUCUAAUUUAAAAUGGGGAGAACAUUCACAUUUUUUUUCUUUACACUUUCUCUCCUGAAUUGUGCUCUUAUUAUAGCAGCUAAAGGAGUAGGAGGCGCCUUGUACAAUGUUGCCACAUUCGGGGCGAAACCCGAUGGGAAAACGGACUCUACCAAGGCAUUUGUGGAUGCAUGGGCCGCCGCUUGUGGAUCCACAGGGCGGCCCACAAUUCACGUGCCCCAAGGCCGAUUUUUUAUUGGUAAUGCCAUUACUUUCAACGGGGCUAGAUGUAAAAAUAAGGGUGUUAACUUUGAUAUUAAAGGCACCCUUGUUGCACCCUCGAAUUAUCGAGUUCUUGGCAACAAGGGUACUUGGCUAGCUUUUCAAUACGUCACCGGAGUGUCGAUCUCCGGUGGGGUAUUGGAUGGUCAAGGUGAUGGUUUAUGGGCUUGUAAAGUGGCCGGCAAAGGCGGAUGCCCAAGUGGACUCACGAAUAUUGGGUUUACCAGCUCCAAAAAUAUUGCGAUCAAAGGAUUAACCUCACUAAACAGCCAAUUAUACCACAUUGUAUUUGUUGGUUGCCAGAAUGUGAAAGUUCAAGGCGUGAAAGUUUCAGCUUCCGGAUCAAGUCCUAAUACUGAUGGAAUUCAUGUACAAUCGUCGACUAGUGUAACAAUUCGAAGUACUACUAUUGGUACCGGAGAUGAUUGUAUCUCGAUUGGCGCCGGAACCACGAAUAUGUGGAUGGAGAACAUCAAGUGUGGACCUGGUCAUGGUAUCAGCAUUGGAAGUCUAGGCAAAGAGAUGAAUGAGCCCGGAGUACAAAACAUAACAGUGAAGACGGCAACAUUUACCGGUACCCAAAACGGUGUCCGAAUUAAAUCUUGGGGAAGACCUAGCAAUGGGUUUGUAAAGGAUGUAUUAUUCCAACAUAUUACUAUGGUCAAUGCUCAAAACCCCAUUAUUAUUGACCAAAAUUAUUGCCCCGGAAACAAAGGUUGUCCAGGAAAGGUCUCAGGAGUAAAAAUCCACGGCAUAAGCUACCAAGACAUACAUGGAUCGUCGGCUUCUCCGGUUGCUAUACAUUUUGAUUGUAGCGCGAAAAACCAUUGUACAGGGCUAAGAUUGGAGAACGUUAAGUUAACCUACAACAACAACAAACCAGCCUCCUCAAUGUGUGCCUUUGCUGGUGGAUCAAGCUAUGGAUUAGUUCAACCUAAAGGGUGUUUGUAGAACUAUAUUUCGGAAAUUUUCGAGUUCUAUACGUUAAUUCUUCCCCCAUUUUUUUGUAUGAGGGAAAGAGUGUACGUUCCACUAAUUGAUAUUCAAGCUAAGGCAGUAGAGUAUUGGAAGUGCAUGCAUGUAAUUACAUGCCUCCAACUCUUUAAACUUGAGUUUAUGUUAUUAUCAUAUUUGUAAAAAGGUGUUGUUUUGAUGCUUGCUUAAUUUGUAUGUUGAUUUCCAAGAAUGUAAUUGAAAUUGCAUUAUAA